CAACCUCUAUGCGCAUGCUCCAUUUCCAACAAGUCAACAUCCUUUUGCCAGAAACUUUUUUCAUUUCUUUUUGAAACGUCCUCCGAAGUGAUAGGUUGGGAGGAACCCUUUAAACCGUCAAAAUGGUAAACGGUAGAAUCCCUACGGUAUGUUCAAAAACAUACGUAACCCCUAGACGUCCCUAUGAAAAGGCACGUUUAGACCAAGAAUUGAAAAUAAUCGGCGCCUUUGGGCUCCGCAACAAGCGUGAAGUGUGGAGGGUCAAGUACACUUUGGCCAAAAUCCGUAAGGCUGCCCGUGAGUUGCUGACUUUGGAAGAAAAAGACUCAAAAAGAUUGUUCGAAGGUAAUGCCUUAUUGCGUCGUUUGGUCCGUAUUGGAGUGCUGGAUGAAAACAGGAUGAAGCUCGAUUACGUUUUGGGUCUCAAAAUUGAAGAUUUCUUGGAAAGGCGUCUCCAAACUCAAGUUUUCAAACUUGGAUUAGCCAAAUCAAUCCAUCAUGCACGUGUUUUGAUCAGACAGAGACAUAUCCGAGUUCGCAAACAAGUAGUCAACAUCCCAUCCUUUGUUGUACGUCUAGACUCUCAAAAGCACAUUGAUUUCUCAUUGAAAUCACCCUUUGGUGGUGGUCGUCCAGGUCGUGUCAAGAGGAAGAACCUCCGCAAAGGUACUACUAGUGGUGCUGCUGCAGAAGAAGAAGAAGAUUAAGUGAUAAUUUUUUGUAUAGUUAAUAUACAAUAUAAACACUAGUUUUUUUGUUUGA